GGUGAAACCGCCAAACGCCUCUGAGGACGCAUGGCGGGUGUAGUUGCAACGUCACAUGCAAAGAAGGGGAGUACCGUGGAUGCAGGUCUGGUGCUGCCAUUGCCUGUGGAGCUGGACGAAGGGGAAGAUCCAACGGAAGUCAUCGUCGAGACGAUUUUGACUCUCGGCGCACACAUAUUGUUCGAGAAGUACUUGAACGCGUCGGUAGUGCCGUACACGUGCAAGUGGGUCACUCGGUCGCUGGACGAACUCUUGGCGGUAGUGACGAUGCAGACCCGAUGCGACUUUGUCUUGCCGUCAUGGGAUGCCGUGCCCACUGCCAUUCCACUCGACAACUUGGCUCGGGCCAUGGUGCCAGUCACACCCGUGCAUGCUUCCAGGUACACGAUGGUGCUCAGUGCGUUGGAUUCACAUGGGUCGACCGCUGGAGUCGACGACGAAUGCUGCAUCGAGGUCCGUCCAUCGAAGGCCGACAGCGCCGCCGUCAACAAAAGCACUGAUAACAAGCAUGCCAUGAGCCAAAACCCCAUUCCUCGACCUCUUCCCGAUCAUAUUGGACGUCUCGUCUUAUCCAUCGACGACGACGACGACAAGGACGCGCGGCGGUUCGAAGCCGAUCGGCGGCGAAAGCUUCUCCAAGUUCUGGACGAAGCUUCUCAGCAAGACCAGCAGCAAAAAGCUCAACCCCCUCCAUCUCGCCCUACAACGUGUCCAACCAGUCCGCGGAAACAACGCAGGAUCAGUGCCUCUGCACCCCCGAUACUAAAACCAGUGGAACACUCUCCUGCACCGGGUGCAGUGCAAGUUGGGUUUGCCGUGUAUGACGUGCAAUACAUCGACGGCCGCGUCCACAAACGUCCUGUGUCCACUGCUGGGUGUAAACACCAGCCUCGACAAGUCAAAAACAGUGUCGCAGAUUCCUCCCGCCGCCAGAAAGGAGAUGGACGAACGAUGUCGCCGACGCCAGAAGUACCCGCAGUGACCAAUAUGCCGAUUCCCCGCGUGGAUUACACGCCAUGUAUCUAUGGCAACGUCCUGCACGACUUGGUGCUUGUGCCAGGCGUAACAAUGUCCUCUUGUGCUACUACUACUAGUACUACUAGUGCUCGAAAUAAGCCCCAUGCGUCGUCUGCAACAAUGUCCAUGCUGGUAUCUGCGACAAUGUCCACGCUAGAGUCGUCCAUUGGUCGACUCGACGACCUCGUCGCAGCUACAAUGACAUCUCCAUCAUCCCAUAGUCGGGUUCGUGGCGAGCAAAACAAGUCGCCGGUACUGUAUCGCAUAUGUGUUUUCAACAUAAAUCCUCGGUCAACAGAUCGUCCAUGUCGGUCAAGACGACAGGAUCGAGUCCGCCAUCUAAUUUGGCAACGGACCGCGGCAAACACGACCGGCGGCAUCCAUCGCGAGAUGAACCGGUUCUCCGGAUUCCGCUGUCUCCACCCAAAGCAGACAUGCUGCGGCAGACCAGUCGACCAUCUCCACUCGUAGCCAGCCGAAGGCCAGCAGCCUAACCAAUCAAUCCCCUUCAGAAUAUUCCACCCACCACCAUCCAAAUCGAUUGCCCACGACGCCAAUAAUAACGAUAACCUCUGGUUAUACACGUACAAGUUCGUUCGAGGAGAG